AUGAAUACAGACGGCCCAUCCGUGUCUACCAACAGCGCCAAAGCCCCUCUUCGCAGCGAGUCGCCCGUCCAGCUCGGCUUCAAGUCUCAAGCCGCUUCGGAGACCCCCGGCAUCAUCGCUGUUCAGCCAGCGCGUCUCGAGGAUCUCCAGCCUAGCUAUGCCCAGGUGCUCCAGCACCCUACUGACAGCAACUCCGGCCAUGGAUGGUAUUCGACCCUGAUCCACGGUCUAGGUGAGAUCAUCGGAUGCUUCGGCGCCAUUCCAUGCUGCAUCUGCUGCCCCAACCCGUUCAGACCCGUCAGCCAAGGCAACGUCGGCCUGGUCACCAAAUUCGGCCGUUUCGAGCGCGCCGUGGACCCGGGUCUGGUCAAGGUCAAUGUUCUCAGCGAGCGGUUGAAGACGGUCGACGUGAAGAUCCAGAUCGUGGAGGUGCCGCGCCAGGUCUGCAUGACUAAGGACAACGUUACACUGCAUUUGACCUCCGUCAUUUACUACCACAUUAUCUCCCCUCACAAGGCCGCGUUCGGCGUCACGGAUAUCCGGCAGGCGCUUAUUGAGCGCACUCAGACCACCUUGCGACAUGUCGUUGGUGCUCGCGUGCUGCAGGAUGUUAUCGAGCGUAGGGAGGAGAUUGCUCAGUCCAUUGGGGAGAUCAUCGAAGGCGUUGCCACUGAGUGGGGUGUGAUGGUGGAAUCGAUGCUCAUCAAAGACCUCAUCUUCAGUGACGAUCUCCAGGACUCUCUAUCUAUGGCUGCGCAAUCCAAGCGUAUUGGCGAGAGCAAGGUCAUUGCCGCUCGCGCUGAAGUCGAGGCUGCCAAGCUCAUGAGAGCUGCUGCCGAUAUCUUGUCCUCCGCCCCUGCCAUGCAAAUCCGUUACCUAGAAACCAUGCAACAGAUGGCCAAGACUUCUGGUUCUAAAGUCAUCUUCUUGCCCGCUCCAAACCAGACCAUGGGUCAACUUCAGGAGUCCCUUAAUACGGCAGAGAAUGCUGGGGAAGGUCCAAGCCAUUACUCCAACCCAUUUGAUGCCAACGCAAAUAGUGGCUUCCAGCAGGCUAUGAAUGCGCGUGUCGUCGAGAACAUUUAG